AUGGAAGGCGAGUCCAACCAUUUUAUAGGUUCAAUCAAUGGACUAGUGUGUUUUCGUGAUGAUCAGGAUUGUAUUAAAUUGUGGAACCCUUCUAUUAGAUUGACAUCCAGGAGAUCACCACCCGCUUUUUCUGAAGAGAUGAUGUCCAUCCCUUAUAAUGCUUUCUUGGGCUAUGAUAAAGUGAACGACAAGUACAAGGUGCUAGCAUUUGAGUAUGUUAGUCAAAGUAGAAAUAUGGCAAGACUUUAUACCUUUGGUGAAAGUGAUUGGACAACAAUUCCGGAUCUCCCGUUUGGUCACCCUAUUUGGGGUGAGCGUCAAACAUUUGUGAAUGGUAAUCUGCAUUGGUUGGUUAAGAGUGGUGAUGGUUCUCUUAAAUCAAUGAUUAUUUCCUUUGACGUGGAAAAAGAGACUUAUGGUGAAGUGUUGCUACCUCCUAAGCUGGACGGUAAAAUUCAGGAUCUUGAUCUACAUGUCUCCAAUAACUAUCUUUAUGUGUGGCAAUUUUCUCACAAAUCUCGUUAUGUUCUAUGGAUGAUGAAACAGUAUGGAGUUCGAGAGUCUUGGACUAAAUUAAUGAUAAUUCCUCGGAGUUUCCAUAUUUCUAGAUCUCAUAAUUGUGAAUACAAUGAUCCUCAUUUAAGUCCCUUGUGCAUUCUGGAAAAUGGUGUUGUUGUUCUUAGAACUACAUGCUCCCGUUCUUAUUUAGUUAUGUAUGACUCAAAAAAUGGAAAAUUUGGGCGUUAUUGUAGGAUUACGCGAAGUUCACUACGGUGGUGUAGAGGAAUUCAUCAUGAGAGUUUAGUUUCACCACCAUAUGUUUCAACUUGA